GUUCUCCCCUGGGCAGGUGGACGAGGCCGUCUCCCGCUGCAAGGAGACCGUGACCAGCCUGGCCUUCAGCUUGGCCUUCCUGCAGCGCAUGGACAUGAAGCCCCUGCUGGUGCUGGGGCUGCCGUCCCGGAGCUCCCUGAGCGACACCCUCACCUUCCGGGAUACCAAGGCGCUGCUGACCCAGAACUGCAAGGCCCUGACGGACGCCCUGCGCCAGAACUCCGCUGCCACCAUGCCCUUCUUCGGGGCCGGCGCCGUGCUCGGAGCGGAGCAGUCGCCCGCCAACUCCAGGUCAGCCGCUGAGCCUGCAGGCCUGGCUCUCCUUACCGGCCCGAGGGCUCCCGUUAACACCCCUCUCUCUGCUCCCAGCGGGAUCUCCGUGGACAGCGACCUGCUGCAGUGGUGCCUGGAGUCCGGGAACAUCCCCAUCAUCUGCCCCGUCGGGGAGACCCGCGGCCGCCAGUCCCUGCUGCUGGACUCCGUUGAGGUCACCGCCGCCAUCUCCAGGACGCUGCUGCCCACCAAGAUCAUCUUCCUGAACAUGACGGGGGGGAUCAGGAACUCCGGGCAGAAGGUGCUGGGGAACGUGAACCUGCCCGCCGACCUGGACCUAGUGACCAAAGCCCAGUGGAUGGGCCACAAGGAGCAGCAGCAGGUCAGGCUGAUCAUCGACCUGCUGAGCCGCUUGCCCUACGAGGCCUCCGCCGUCAUCGCCUCUGCCGGCGCGCUGCUCGCCGAGAUCUUCAGCAACAAAGGCUCGGGGACCCUGUUCAGGAACGCUGAGCGUAUGCUGCGGACCGAGAGGCUGGAGGAGCUGGACCAGCAGCGCCUGGUCUCCUUGAUCAACACGUCCUUCGGGAAGACCCUCCGAGGGGACUAUCUGGCUUCCAUACGGCCCAGGCUGCACUCGAUCUACUUCUCAGAGGGCUACAACGCAGCAGCCAUCAUCACGAAGGAGCCGGUCCUGGGCGGCAUGCCGUACUUGGACAAGUUUGUGGUCAGCUCCACCAAGAAAAGCCAAGGCUCCGGCCAGAUGCUGUGGGAGUGCAUACGGCAGGACCUCAGGACCCUCUUCUGGAGGUCUCGCGUCACCAACCCCAUUAACCCCUGGUAUUUCAAGCACAGUGAUGGAAGCUUCACCAACCACCAAUGGAUCUUCUUCUGGUUUGGCCUGUCCGACAUCCGGGAUUCCUACGAGCUGGUGAACCACGCAAUAUCCAUUCCAGACUCGUUCUGCAAACCAUAGGACGAUCUUUCUAGGGCAGAGUGAGAGCGGAGCAGGUUGGGCUUGGGAGGAGUCAGGCCUUCGUACAUCAAGACCGGAUAAGAAGAACCAGAGGUCAGCACGGCCAGCCAUGCACAGAGCCCCAGGGGUGUUUCCUGCACCCAGAGGAAUGAUUGGCACAAAGAACCCUCUUCACCAAUUCAGCACCCAGCUUUUCCCUAAUAAAGUGCUAGCGAAGCCUGUGUUGUGCGGACUGUUGUCAAGAGAAGUUAGAGCGAGGAGGUCGGGACUCUUGGGUUCAAGUCUCAUCUCUGCCACUGACUCACCGUGGGACCUCGGCAAAGUCACUUCCCCUCUCUGUGCCUCACUUUCCCGACCUAUAAAAUGGGACCUCCAUUAACGCGCGUGUAAAAAGAGCAGCGACAUCUUUCCUUACAAUCCUGUGGAACAGCAAGUAGGAGUCACACACACAACGCUUGUAUUUAUAGGAGCCAGCAGCCUGGCUGUGGAGUUCUACAUACGUGUACAGCAGAAAACAGACCAGGGCAGCUGGAAAGCGUCAACUUUUAAUGUGAUUUUGGCUUCUUUUUCAAGGUGUCUCGCCUUUCUUUAGCUAUCCCAACAGUGCGAUGUUAGGGUCUUACUGCUUUCUCCUUAACCAGUGCAUAAGGCUGCUGUGCAUCAGAACUGAUCGACAAAUGUCAGCUGGGAACUUCAGAGCGGCCAAAGGGCCGCAGACACCAAACCGCCAGUGAAAUUCCAGCUAGUGCCUUUGAAAACCCCGCACGUAAACGGGGUAAAACUGUCAGAAGGGACAAAGUCCCACAUUUGUAAAAGUCUUUAGGCGUUGAUGCACUCGGCAUUGCGACACCUAACUGAUUUAGGAACCUAAACCUCAUUUUAAGAGCCUAAAUCCUACUGACUCUCAAUGGGAUUUUGGCACCUAAAUCCCUUUUGACAAUGAUGUAGGUUCCUAAAUCAAUUAGGUUUCACUGAGCACGGCAAUGCCUAAAUACUUUUCCAAAUCUGGGCCUAAGUGACUUAGCAGCCUAUGGCCCAUUUUCAAAAGUGACUUAGAAAUCUAAGUCUUAUUGGCAGUGGGACUUAGGCGCCCGAGCAACUUUUGAAAACGACAGGUUCCUAAGUCCCCUGGGCACUUUUGAACAUUUUACCCUGAUCACAAACCUACUCAUCGUCCAUCACCAGCAUCCCUGGCAGUGAAACAUUUAAACGUCUAAUUGCUAGAUAUUUGCCAUGAAUCUACCGUGAACUCUUGCUAGUCAGCCAGUAAAGCAGCAGGAAGUCUGAAAUGAUCUGUUUAAGAACUAGCAUCACCAAUGGCAGGGUUAAAGGAGAGCCUGUCUGGUUAAGUGCCAUGAACCUGCAAUGAACUCUUAAAAUGCCAGCACUACCCACGUAUAAGCCAGAAUUUUUUAACCUAAAGUUAGGCACCAGUAAGCCCGAGAGGAAAUGUACAGGUAUCGUAGCUUCAACUGGUUAGGCACAAACUAAAAGCGAUGUGCAUAUGAAGCAGAAGAUGGGAGACAUUGUUCAGGUAGGAGAGGAACUGGGCAGCAGGACUCAAGACCUUGGCUCUGUUCCCAGCUCUGCCACAGAUUUCUUGCAUGACCUUGGGCAAGGCAGUUCAUCCUCAGUUCCCCAUCUGUACAAUGGGGAUAACAACACUGCUGUGCCUCAGAGGGGUGGUGGAGGACAAAUCCGUAAGUAUCUGGGAGGUACUAGGUACUCCAAUGACGCCCGACACCUCUCAAAGUCGGCCUGCUUAUUUAGGUGCCCAACUUUAGGUUAAAAAAUUCUGGCUUAUACGUCUCUCCUGCCAGCAUCUCUGUUGGUGGCUUAAGUAAGAUCUGACCUGGCUCUGGAGCGGAAAAGCAGCUGAAGUUUCCUCUGUUCACGUGCCUGUGAUUAGGGGGAAGACAGGAAGGAUGGCCCAGUGGUUAGGGCACAAGCCUGGAUUCGGAAGACACAGGGUCUGUUCCCUGCACAGCCACCGACACCCUGGAUUACUGUGGGCCUCUGAGUCUCAGUUCCCCAUCUGUAACAUGGGGUUAAUAGACAUGGCUCGGGGCGG